UAUAAGAUGGCACCAAUCACACAGAGAGUGUAUACUACAUACUUGAUGCUGGCCAUGCUGUGUGUACUAGCUACAUACCAGGGUGCAUCAGGAGAUACCACCGAUGUCGAGGAAGCCAGACCUCGCCCACCACCUAACCCGGACCCCUGUACACCAUAUGCACAACCGUGUGACGGGCGGCGAGGUAUGGAAAAUUGUUGCGGUAUGCCAUCAUUGAGAUGUCGUAAAUACUCAGGAGAAUGGUGCGGAGAUAAUAGUUUACCAAAUAGUUCACCAUGUAUUUGUAGACACUCAGAAUUAUCCGGCGAAUAGAUUCCUGCUAGAUAUGACAGAUCAUGAUGAUUAAAAGUGCUCAAAGCUAGCCUUAUAUCAAUUCAUAUUUAGAUAUGUUGAUGUUGAUAUAAUUAUUAGGCCUAUACUGCAGCUCCACCAUACGUAUACUACUGUAAUUAUGGACAUGAAUUUUGGUGAUUGGUGAGAUAUUAAUUUUUAGAUGAGAUAAUUUGAACGUAAUAUCUGUUAGUUUGCCGACGCCCCACCUUGUCAACCACAUCACGUGAUACAGGGUUUGAGCUAUACUGAACUUACACCAAACUUUCAUAGACAAUGUAAUAUCAAGUGUACACAAUUCAUAAUUCAUAUUUUACA